AUGGCUACACCUUCCUACGAGCACUACCCCCGUCUCAAAUCACCCAAAAGUCUUGAGUUCAUAUCAGUCAGCAGCAUCAUUGGGGUCACCAUAUUUUAUUCAGAUGGCGAGGCUCUAGAGGUCGCCGGCCCAUCAGGCGCGUUGCUGGCUUUCGGCAUCGUCGGUGUAAUCGCUAUCUGCGUUAUGGAGUGCGUUAGUGAAUUAAUACAAAUGUUUCCAACGCCAAACGCUAUAGUGGAAUUCGUUCGGGUGUUCGUGGAUGAAGAUUUGUCUUGGGUGAUUGGAGUUGCAUACUGGUAUACUUGGUCCUCCAUCUUCGCAACACAGAUAAUUGCUGCUGCUGCAUUCACAAACUAUUGGGGCUUCGCACAAGUGUACCAGACAGUCUUCAUGUACUUUCUCACGCCGGUCUUACUCUUAGCUAUAAAUCUGUGUGGCGUGUUUUGGUUCGGCUGGAUCGAGACUAUUGGUGGAUUGGUGAAAAUUGGCAUGGUGUUCGGGACCGCCGUCUUCAUGUACAAUAUACAUAGAACCAAUCACAUUGGGUCUAAAUUCAUCGCAGAAGGUUUCACGUACAAUCCAGCAUAUGCGAUGAACGCAAAUGUUGCGGGGUGCUUUGUUAUCCCCCUCAUCUCAUACGGUUUUCUUGGAGUCGAAAUGAUCUCGGUGACCGCGUUCGAGGCAAGAGACCUGGUCUCAUUAAAAAGACCCUCACAGAUGAUCGCCUACUUCAUUUUAGCACUCUACUUGUUUGUAACAUUAAGUGAGUUCAUGAAUGUGAAAUGGACCAACGAUAAUCUUCCGGAUCUUUUUGGCGCUGGUGGAAAAGAUAGUUCUACAUAUGCCGGCGGCACAAGACUUCGUUCACACGCAAUAGUCGUCAUCGCUGCGCUCGAGGCUCGCUACAAGCACGCACCUGGGAUACUGAAUGCCUUCAUGAUCUAUUCAACAUUGAGUGCAGCCAAUUCCGCCCUAUACAUUUCCUCGCGGACGUUACACGGCAUGACACUGAAGAUUAAAAAGACCUCGCGGAUCAGUAUAUUCCGAGGUCUCGGUAGUGUCUGGCAAAAGACGGGGGUGCCAAUGAGAGCCCUGGGUGUAUCAUGCGGCGCCUUUGUUUGGCUACCAUUCUUACAAUUAAGGCGUGGUAUAGCCGUAGCGGAGGUUGCUGCUCGAAAUAAUGGCGGUAUCGUCAAGCGUCAGUGGCCUCCUCGUAUGGGCCUCUAUCUGCCUGGCUUUCAUACGUUACUGGUAUUGGGGGGAACAAAGAGCUCUCAGUCUCCCGCGUGGUAUCAUCAUGCCAUGGGAAAGCGGCAGAGGCGUCGCACUGCUGAUGAAGUCACCUCAAAAAUCCAGAGGUCCAUCAAAAAGUGCUUUCAUCAGUCGAAUUCCAAUGGCGAGAGGUUUAUCUGCAAGCGCGGUCUCCAAUCUGUCUGGACAGACCACCAAGUCGAGUCUAUCCCUGCAUUCAAGGCCGAAGGUUUCAACGGAAAGGACUACAAGGUUAUCAAAGAGAGAUUCUUGGUUGUCCUGUCGAUCGUCAUAUUCAUAGACUGGGACAACUUGGAAGCAUUUCGUGAAGUAUUCGUCGAGCAGAAGCUUGAUGACAACGCCUUAUUUUUCAACGAGGACCAAUUGAGAGGCUUACGUGGUGGUAAAGAUAAUUUCUUAACGCAACAAUAUCUCUUCAGACCAACGGUGAUUGAGGAGCGUUCGGAUUGCUUCAUACAGAACAUUCCUUCCGAUCACCGCUUGCCUUUCAUUAGUGAACCUGAACGCCUCGGGGAGGGAGGGUAUGGAGCGGUGACGAAGAGGUAUGUCGCCGUCCGGUGUCUCAAAGAAGGCGACAAAGACAACUCGGAGCCUGUGGCAGUCGCAUGUAAAGAAUAUUUUACUGACAGACCGCAAGAAGACUUUGAGCGAGAAGUGCACAACCUCAACUUCCUUAAAGAGUCUCUGAGAGAAUCUAGAUGUGUAAUGAGACAUUUAGCUGCUAUUGUGCAUGGACCCAAGUUCCUAAUACUCUUGCCUCUAGCAAAGUACUUCAACUUAGAGGUUUUCCUUCGCGAUGGGAAGGAACCUGUCAGAACAACUCAACAGUCUCGCCAGAGGUACUGUUUCGUCGAGAGGUUCCCACAUCUGAACCAUGAUGGGCACUUACACAGAGCCAUCGUGAAGCAAGCAUACGGACUAUCUGAUGCUCUGUUAUGGCUGCACAGAGAUCUACGAAUCUUUGAAAGAAAAGAUUGUUACCUCGCCCACAUGGAUCUAAAGCCAGAGAACAUCCUCAUUGAUGGUGAUCCUCACAAUCCUGACACACCAGCUGGUGAAUGGAUGCUGUCGGAUUUUGGUAUUUCUGCCUUCAACAAAAUGUCAAAUGAGAAAGUCUCUCAGACACCGGCCAUUCGCGACUUUGUGUCUCGUGUCACCUCGCAAGCACCUUCGAUCAGAGUUCAACGAGGCCACGGACCUUAUCAGCCGCCUGAAGUCGCUUUGGAGCGCGAUAGGGAGGCCUCGACUUCGAGAUUCUUGGCUACAGUUCGUCCGCUUGACGGGCGCAAAUGUGAUGUCUGGUCUUUCGCUUGCAUACUCUCUGACCUCCUUGCUUUUGCACUGGAAAGGGGAAAGGGUCGUAGAAGGCUGCAGAAGGCUAGAAGUGGUACAGCGGACGACAACUUCUAUUCAUUCACCAGUCUACCCGAGGAAAAUGUUACGACAAUUACAGCUAAGAACACGGAGAUCAAGAAAGGCGUCGUGGGUUGGCGUAGGCAGAUUGCAGAGACCCAUCCCUCGACUUGGGUUGUCGAUUAUACGGCAAUGCUGGAGAAUGUCAUGAAGCCUUGUCCACUCAAUCGCCCAAACAUUGAAGUCAUUGUCGAUUGUCUAUUGGAUAUAGGGCCAAAAAUGGUCUCCGUUGGUCAAGACGUUCAAUCAACCAAUUCUCAGCUCUUGCAGAUACCAGGUUGGCAUCUCCCUCACGUCCCGCAGCCUAUUGGAUCACCACAGAGCGGAAGGUCAUCGAUCGCUUUUGCAGAUGAGCCAACCUCUCAAUCAAUACAACCUGCAACUUUAGAGCCAGCUGAUUUAGUCAUCCCGACUGGUCAGAGUCACGUUCCAUCGCCGUCUCCCCAGAUACAUACUAGGACCUCUGUGAAUAACGAUUCGGCAGUAGGAAGCAGUCAAUCUUCAAGCGGCACAAUGGCCAGUCAAGAUAAUUCGAAUAGCACACAAAAUAUACGAGAUCAAAAUGGGGUAGCGCAUCCAUCUACUACUGUGAUUGCUCAACCUUCGUUGAACGCUACUCAUCGAAUUCAACAUGACAGGGAUUUUCGCGCAUGCGAAACAGAGAAUCUGCACCUUCCAAAGGAGGCCCACAUCAAGACCGUCGCGCUCAAUGUGACAGGUACGAGUGUGGCUGUCUUAUUUGAGGGAUACGUGCAGGUUUUCUCUACUGCGUCUGGCGCUUUUCUCACUGAACGUAUAACACCCUCAAGCCAAGGACACUGGUCAAAAGUACGGCUAGCUGACCCUUUCCUGGCACUUUAUGGCAAGAGUACAUCACACGAGAAGCACCACAAGGCUGAGAUAUAUGAUAUAACGACUCCAGUAAAAAGAAUCUUCCCUGACAGUGCUUAUCAUAAGGUCGAUCCCUUACUUGAUCUUCUGCUCUCCAAAAAUGGCGUCGCUGCGAGUAUCUACUUACGUCGUGUUGCAUUCGACUUCUUGCACUUGAAGCAGACAAUUGAAAUCCAGAUUCCUGAUGAUUUAGGUGACAUUCAACGAGGAGCAUUUGGGUAUGACGGACGCUAUCUUUUCGUAUGGACAGUCAGUGCUGCAGCAGGCAGCGCAAUCGCCUACGAAGUGAGGUCAGAAACUCUUUCUAGCAUAAGCGAACUAGAUCAGAGGAAUACCAAUCAGCAGCGUGGUCUACGACACGGAUUCUAUGACGCUGGUCCUUACCAGGUUGAUCGAAUUGCUGAUCCUGCUUGUCAAGGAUUUGAGGCUAUCAGUGAAGCCGUGCAAACGGUUCCUAUAUGGCUGUAUGGACCAUUCACCAGAGAAAUGGUCCGCGAAGGGGCUCUCUAG